GUUAGGUAAGAGCCUGUGAGGGUGACGCUAGGCAGUGGGUGUGGGGGGCUGUCCAACCUCUAGAUAACGCACAUCAGUCGCCCACACCUAUAGGAUGCAACAUGUUGCAGGGGACUAACGCAGCGUCAUAACCUCGGGAAGAGCUGCCCCAGCCCGGCGUCUUCUCCGAUGGACAGAUGGAUGCUUAAGAAAGGCUGGCCUGGCUCAUCAGAAGGGGUUCCCGGCAUGAAAAAGCCCCCAGUCCCACGGUUGACGAGCAGGACCUGAUUUUCAAAGGCACGCUACACUUUGGGCUACUAGCAGCACGAUACGAGCGGCGUUCCUGCAUUCUGGUCACUCUGCAUCUCCCGACAAUCGCUUCUUCGCUUGUCGAUACUUACCUUUCUACUUGGUCACUCGACUCUCAGAACGCCUGCUGUUAGCAGAAUGGCAGCCACAGGAGAACACACACUCGACCGGCUGAGUGAAGAAAAAGACAUUGGCAAAGAACAGGUCGAGUCCACCAAACACAUCAACACAAUUGAGAACUUGCCAGAUCCAGAUGCUGGUCUUAGCGAAGAAGAGCGUGCUGCAGAGGACAAAAAGCUGGUUCGCAAGCUCGACCUACGCCUCAUUCCCUGGCUCUCGUUCCUCUAUCUGAUUUCCUUCCUUGACCGUACAAACAUUGGCAAUGCAAAGGUUGACGGCCUGCAAGAAGACCUUGGCAUAACCAACACCCAGUACAACAACAGCUUGACCAUUUUCUUCGUUAGCUACUCCGUGUUUGAGCCUCUCACCAAUGUGUUGCUCAAAAAGUUGAGGCCCAGUGUGUUUUUGCCCAUCAUCAUGGUAUGGUGGGGGAUCUGCAUGACGUGCAUGGGGCUGGUACACAACUAUGCAGGCCUCAUGACAGCCCGAUGGUGGCUCGGUGUGGCCGAGGCUGGAUUGUUCCCGGGUGUCAAUUACUAUCUCAGUUGUUGGUAUAAGCGUUCCGAGUUUGGAAUCCGCGCUGCUAUAUUUUUCUCCGCCGCAGCACUCGCUGGCAGCUUUGGUGGGCUCCUCGCCGCUGGUAUCGCUCAGAUGGGUGGCGUGGGUGGAAAACCCGGCUGGGCCUGGAUCUUUAUCCUUGAAGGCCUGACUACGAUCUUGGUCGGCAUUGCUUCGUAUUGGAUGGUACACGACUUUCCUGCUGAAGCGACUUUUCUCUCUCCGGAUGACCGUGCACGCGUCCUGAGACGCCUCCGCUCCGACAAUCAAGCCUCAUCUGGCCAUGAAGACUUUCAGAUGAAGUACUUCUGGCAGUCGGUCAAAGACUGGAAAACCCUCGCUUAUGCCGUCAUCUACAUGGGAGCCGACGGCUCGCUGUACGCCUUUAGCCUCUUCCUGCCAUCUAUCAUUGGCGGCCUAGGUUACAAAUCCACCACGGCAAAUCUGCUCUCCGUACCGCCUUAUGCUGUCGCUGCCGUGGUAACAGUUGCAGUUGGCUAUAUUGCAGACCGCACACAGCAACGAGGCUACUGCAACAUCUUCAUUUCUGUAUUCGGCAUCGUCGGUUUCACCAUGCUGCUUGCCUCUGGCAAUCCACACGUCCAGUACGCUGGAACCUUCCUCGGCGCCAUAGGCAUAUAUCCUACCAUAUCAAAUACUGUCACCUGGGCCGCCAACAAUUCCGAAGGUGUAUACAAGCGUGGCGUAACUCUCGGCUUCGUCAUCGGCUGGGGCAACAUCAAUGGCGUGGUGUCAUCAAACAUUUACCGCAGCAAAGAUAAACCGCGAUAUUUCCUCGGCCACGGUGUUGUCAUAGCAUAUCUUACUCUGUGGCUUUUUGGUGGCAGCAUCGGUAAGAGUGAGCACGAGAUUUCAGAGAUGGGAGAUCGGAGGCCAGACUUCCUGUACACUUUGUAG